AUGGGCUUCUAUUCUGGAUUAACAGUGGGUCAUAUUGCUAGCCGCUGCGAGAAGCUCCAGGAGCCUGACUACUUUAACUUGACGCUGUCCAUCUUCAUACUUCUUGGUAUUCUGGUCUCUUACCUCCCUCAGCAUUAUCGAAUCAUUGCGCGAGGCACGUCCGAAGGAAUAUCCCCAUACUUCAUCCUCCUUGGAACGACGUCCGGAACAUGCGCGUUCGCCAACAUACUUGUUUUGCCAGCUUCGAGAGCGGAUGUAGCAUGCUGCAAGACCAUAAGCACAUUUGAGUGUGCUGCUGGUCUGCUCGGGAUAGCACAAGUUGGCGUACAAUGGUUUUGCUUCAGUGUCAUUUUACUUCUCUUUCUCGUUUUCUUCCCUCGAGGGCCAACUCUUCCAAAUAACGAUGCCGAGAAACAAUAUACAUGGCGGACAGCAGUCACAGUUGCGUUUCUAUGUUUACUUCAUGGCCUGCUCGUCAUAAUAGUCAGCGCGGCUCUCAUAAUAUCACGACCCAACCAUUUGGGCAAGUGGGCGAACACCCUUGGAAUAAUGGCUACAAUCUUGGCAGGUAUACAAUACCUGCCGCAGAUUUGGAUGACGUGGCAUUUGGGGCAUGUCGGAAGUUUGAGCAUUCCCAUGAUGCUUAUCCAGACGCCGGGCAGCUUUGUCUGGUCUGCGAGCUUGGCUGCGAGGCUUGGUGUUGAAGGAUGGAGUACGUGGGGUGUUUUCUUGGUGACAGGAUGUCUACAAGGUUGCUUAUUAGUGAUGGGAAUUUGUUUCGAGAUCAAGGCUCGGAGGGAAAGAGGCGCUGGGACAGAAGUCGCUAACGGUAUCGGAAGUACGGAGACAGACGAUGAGGGAGGUACCGUUGUUGAAGAUGGGUUGAGUGAAAAUACCCCAUUGUUGAAUGGGUCGAGGAAGUCAUCUCGCACCCCAAUGCCAAAGUAA